AUGACAGAUACAUCAACUAGAUCUAAAGAAACAUUACUAAAACCAGCUGAAAUUAAAGUAUCACCACCAUCAUCAUCAUCAACAAGAAGUCAAGAAUUGAGACAACCAAUUAAUUUUAUAAACUCAAAAGAUUCACCUAAUUCAUCUUCAUCUACAACUACAUCAUCAAUAUAUAACCAAGGUUCAGCAUCUACAACAACAAGAAGAGGUAGUACUAUUCCAAAUUCAAGUGGAUUAGGAUCAAGUGGUGGAAGUCAUUCAAAUUCAACAUCACCAUCAAGAAUAAGAAGUAAUAGUGCAAAUAUAAAUGAUUUAACUCCAACCCCAUCUCAUCAUCAACCGGCACAUGCAGUUACAAGACAACGUAGAUCAUCAUCAUUAAUUCAACAUUUAGAACCUGAUACAUUAGAUACAAAAAUUGAUCAAGCUUUAAAUCCAAAUGUUAAUGCAAAUUGGGUUCAUCAAAAGGGUGCAUGGAUUAUUCAUAUUGUUAUAAUUAUAUUAUUAAAAAUUUUUUAUAAUUUUAUAAAUGUUUUAGAUAAUGAUUGGAAAUGGACAUUAACAAAUUUAACUUAUACUAUUGGUUCAUAUAUUAUGUUUCAUCAAGUUAAAGGUACACCAUUUGAAUUUAAUUCAGGUGCAUAUGAUAAUUUAACAAUGUGGGAACAAAUUGAUAAUGGUGAUCAAUAUACUCCAACGAAAAAAUUUUUAAUGUUAGUACCAAUUUGUUUAUUUUUAAUUAGUACUCAUUAUUCACAUUAUGAUUUAAAUUUAUUUAUAUUAAAUGGUGUUAGUUGUUUGUGUGUUGUGAUACCUAAGUUGGCUAUAGCUCAUAGAUUAAGAGUAACUUUAUAUUAA